GGGUCUAAUGGACACAGCUUCUGUGCAAACAGAUCAGGGACUGGUGACAUUUGAAGAGGUGUCUGUGGAUUUUACCGAGGAGGAAUGGACGCUGUUGGAUCCAGGCCAAAAGGACCUGCACUGGGAGGUCAUGCUGGAGAAUUUUGCAAAUCUGUCAUGCCAAGGAGAUGGAUGGAAGAGUGAACAUGAGGGGGAGCCACUCAAGGAGAUGUUGAGGAGAGGCAGAUCUGAAGCGGGAGCAGGGCAGAGGAGGAAAACAGACAUAAAACAGGAAAAGGGGAAUGACUCCUCAGCUUCUCCAGGUGGGGACUUCCAAGAAAUCCCUAUCCAAGGCAAAAUGGCCGCAGGUAAAGAACGGAGCCAGUGCCCUGUGUGUGGAAAGGUCUUCCUUCGUAAGUCGAGCCUUUACCUCCAUUGGGUAAUCCACACUGGGGAAAAACCUUUCAAAUGCUCCGAGUGUGGGAAGAGUUUCCGCCAGAAGGCGAACCUGAUCAGGCAUCAGGUGAUCCACACCGGGGAGAAACCAUACGCCUGCCUGGAGUGUGGAAAGAGUUUCAGUCAGAGGGAAAAACUGAGCAGGCACCAGGCAGUCCACACAGGGGAGAAGCCGUAUAUUUGCUUGGAGUGCGGAAAGGGCUGCAGAGACAGGACGGAACUGAUCGGCCAUCAGAGAAUCCACACAGGAGACAAACCGUUUAAAUGCGCUGAGUGUGGGAAGAGAUUCUUCCAGCGGGCCAAGCUUCUUCGCCAUCAAAGAAUCCACACUGGGGAGAAACCAUAUACCUGCUUGGAGUGUGGAAAGGGCUUCAUCCAGAGGAUAGACCUGACUUCCCAUCAGCGCAUGCACACGGGCGAGAAACCCUAUUCCUGCUCUGAAUGUGGAAAGAACUUCAGUAAGAACUCGAACCUCAAAAGACAUCAAAGGGUUCACACAGGGGAGAAACCAUUUAAGUGCACAGAUUGCCCCAAGAGCUUCUGCGAUCGAUCGACUCUCAUUAAGCAUCAGCGUGUUCAUGCGGAGGAGAAAACAUUCAAAUGUCUGGAUUGUGGGAAGAACUUCAUUUGGAGCACCACCCUAACGUCACACCAACGAAUGCACACGGGAACAACCAUAUAAAUGUUCAAAGCACAAGGAAAGCUUCAGUAAGUACUAAGACCCAGUAAGACAUC